AUGUCUGACUACGAGAAACUCCAAGAAAAAGCAGCCACUGCUUUUGAAGAAGCUACAAAACUUAUUAACGAUCGCAGCAGCUGACAAGAAGCUUCUUCAGAUGAAAAUGCAACUGUCAGCAAAAUUACCACUGAAGGCGGGAUAAAUGCACUAAAAAUUGAUUGUUUCUUUAAUGGACAAUGCGAAGCUUCAGCAAAUUAUACUUACAAUCAUUGGGAAGAAAUGGAGCUCGCACUUGAUGAUAUGAUGGCUGAGAUGAUAAUUUUGGAAACCUUUGAAGAUGGAAGCAAACUUAGAAUAGAAAGAACGAAGCCUAUGGUUCCAGUUUUUCCAAGAGAAGCUUAUAUAUAUACUUGCAAGCAGCAAUUAGACGAAAAUACUUAUGCGGUUUUAACAACAAGCUCACCACUUGAGCAUCCAUUGGCUGAAGGAUUUGUAAGGCCAGAAGUUUUAUUUACACUGCAAUUAUUCCAACCUGUAGGAGGGGAUCAGACUAAGACGAAUUUAACAGUUGUUGAAUUAGUAGAUCCAAAAGGGAAUAUUCCUACAAUGAUCAUCAAUCAUGUAAUUAUAGAGAGGGUUGCCUUUUAUACAAAGGUAGUUGAACGUUUAAAAUCUCAAAAUCUUAAUUAA